CUCAGUUCGCCUGGUAACAGAGAAAGCGUCGCUAGGAAGUGAAUAUUGCGAGAUGAGUUCUUCCAAUGGAAUUGCUUGUUCGAGACAAUCUACCUCAAAAGUUGAUGAAUUCCGGAAUAGGAGAUCUGUGAGAAGAAGGGAAUAAACUCGAAUUUCUUACAAUUAUGCGUUAUUGUAUAACAUCUCGUGGCAUGACAGAUAAAACAAGAUUAAGUUAGCAAGCCUGCUGGGAGAUAGCUAGUUAACUAGUAGCAACAACUGUUUGCACCUGGACAGUGGGUGGUUGACAGCUGAAGAAUACCUCAAUCUGUUCAUAUGGGUUGGGGACCUGGUCGGUAGCUCUGUGAGCCUGUGCAGCUGGGCUGUUCUGCUACUAGCAUGGGGAAACUGCAGAGCAAGUUCAGACGGUCGCGCUCUGGGCUGUACAGGGCGACCAAACACGACAGUGAAGACGUUGCUGCUGCCAGUCAGGUGGUGCAGUAUGAGCCCGCUCACCGUGAUGCGGUCAACUGUGUUACCAACCUGACCUCUGACCUCUGUGUGUCUGGAGGGAGUGACAUGGCGGUGGUUGUAUAUGACUGGAGAGGAGGGAAGCUGUGCCAGUCAUUCCAAGGCCACAACAGAGAGGUUACCAAGGUAGAGUGUUUCCCAGGCAGCACCUGGAUCUUCAGUGCAUCUCGGGACAAGACUGUCAUGAUGUGGGACCUCAAUCAGGGGGACGAGCCUAUCCAGGAGUUCUGUGGCCAUGAACUGGUGGUCAAUGGGCUUGCCGUCAGUCCAGAUGGGUCGAAGCUGUGCACCGGUUCCCGUGACAACUCCAUGUGCCUCUGGGACAUUGAGUCUGGCGAACGUGUGCAUAAGAACACAGUGUCCAGAAACCUGGUUACACAUGUGUGCUGGGUCCCAGAGAGCCCCUUGAUCGUCCAGACCUCCGAGGAUAAAACCAUCAGGGUUUGGGACAGUCGUGCCUGGCAGGUCACAAACACGUUCCCGGCCAAGCAAUACAUUCAGACACACUGUGACAUAAGCGCCAAUGGCAACUACCUCCUGUCCAGCAGCAAUGGCUUUGGGGGCCAAGGCUGCGAGGCAACGCUUUGGGACCUCAGGCAGCCUGGCUGUAAAGUGGUGGAGUACCGGGGCCACCGUGAGACCACUGCCUGCUGUGUUUUCCUUCCCCCCAACCCUGGGGGCCCUGCGAUGGUAGCAUCUUCCUCUCACGACAGUUCCGUCAAAAUCUGGGAUCAGAAUACUGCAGCCUGUCUGGCCACUCUCACCCUGGAAGGAUCAGGCCCCUUGAUGUCUUUAGCCCCGAGUGAUUCCUGCAGUCUGCUGUGUGCCAGCUUCAACAAGGGGAUCCAGGUACUCCGUCAUCGGGCCGAUGGGCAGGACCUGAAACAGAUGGCACGAUUCUAAUGAGGUGCGCAGGACCCGUGCCAGCGUAGUAACCUCCAGACCCAGAGGGGCCCCCCGAGGCUAAAACAACCGGAUCAGGAGACGUGAUCCUCGGAUUGACCGAAGGGAGGAGGCCCCUCGGAGACAUUCCAAUAAAGGAGAACCCUGGACACUGUGCGCCUCGCGUCAGGCGUGGGACUGAAUGCUUAGGGAUGUCUUAGUAGAAGAGUAAUCUUUCUGAGGGGCGGAUCGCAUUAGUUAUUUGGUUUGUUGUGUGUGAUAAAGCUAACUGUCGCUAGACAUUCGUGGAGUCGUUAGUCAGUUAGCCUUUGUGGAAAAACUGUAACUGGUGUCCACUAUGAAAUAGAGCAGGCGGAUAAAAUCAUUAAUUGUUUAGAGCAGGGGUGUGAUCACAAGGAACAUACGGGAUAAAAUGUGAAGGUACUAAAACCUUCGCAGAAUGCUUUUGCUGCCGUGCAUACUGAGUACGCCCCAAAUGUUUCCUGCUGUAAUAUCUUCCUAAGCUAGAGCCAGGCUAGGGUAAAUAUUCACAGGAGUCAGCUUUCCUUCUCAAACCGUUUGUUUGAACUGGCUCCACUACCACAUUUAAGAAAACAGGAGGAAGCUGUCAUCCGAAAGCGACUUUGUUUACCUGCACAGUAGGUGGUUGCGGGAAUUCAAUCUUGACGUUGCGAAGCACCACGCUCAACCAACCUGGCAGUUCUAAUGUUGACCAAGAUUGUGAUGCCCAGUUCUACUUGAAAACACAAACUUCUGUGGCACUCUGUUUUUACAGAGAUGCGCAGAACCCAAACAUGCAAUCGUUGCACCAGUGUCUUUGAGACUGAGCGUCUGAAGACAUUUUCUAAUCACGGUGAGGAUUUACGGGCGUGCUUAGGGAAUUAACAUAAUUUGUUGGGAAUGUAACCUUUCCUGUUAUGUCUCCUUUGGUUGCCUCCUAAGUGGGGCCAUAUUCCCUAGUGCACUAAUGAAGGAAUAGGGUGUGAUUUGUGACCUUUUUUCUUUUUUUACAGAAUAGAAGUGGUAUGUGCGUCCCCAUUUGUUAGCUCUGUCUGUGUUAUGUUAUUCAUAUUUGAUACAUUAAAUGAGAUGUCAAUUGUUA